AAUACACUUCACUCGAUCACACAGUUUGUCAUCUGUGUCGGCCAUCUUUGACAGUACACCGGUAAAGAUGGCCGAUAAAGAUGGCUGUCACCGCUAACCAAUCACAGGCCAGCACAAUUUGUCAUACAUCGUUAAAAAAUAUGGCGCCUAUCGACAACAUUCGUUCUACGCAGAUUUCACGGUGUGGCUUUGGCUGUUAGUUUGCUUUGGCUACGAUACUUUGCUGUUUGUUCGUUGAGUUGACCGCAAUAUCAUUAAGUUUACAAAUCUUAUUAUGGCUUCUGAAAAAGAUCCAUUAGUGAGUGAAAGGUCAGGUACAGUCCGAGAAGUUGGGAAUCAUGCUAUCUGGAGCCUAUCUUCAUGCAAACCCGGUUUUGGUAUCGAUCAGCUCAGAGAUGAUUGUAUGGACACGUACUGGCAGUCCGACGGCCAGUUGCCGCAUCUUGUAAAUAUUCAAUUUCAACGUAAAACUAUGGUCUCCCAUAUAUACAUUUACACGGACUAUAAAUUGGACGAAAGCUACACUCCGAGCAGGAUAUCUAUUCGAGCUGGAACUCACUUUAACGAUCUACAGGAGAUUGAAGUAAUAGAAUUAAUUGAACCCAAUGGUUGGGAAGUGAUACCUAUAAAAGACAUUCAUGACAGGCCGAUCAGAACUUAUAUGAUACAAAUAGCAGUGCUGAGCAAUCACCAAAAUGGACGGGAUACACAUAUGAGGCAGAUUAAGGUUCACUCGCCUUGUGAACCCACAUCUUUUGACAUCAAUAAAUUCAGAACCUUCUCAACUGUUCAAUUUCAACAGUAUGCUACUAUUAGAUAAAUGUAAUAAACUUUAUGCUACUGUGUGUUAAUAUUUUAGAACAGUAUUAUGUCAAACUGACUUAAUGUGUGAGACUUGUGAGUGUUUCUAAUAUAAACAAGAACAACAACAA